UGAAACCAUGCAAAUGUGUUCUUUUGUUAUUGUAAAGGAAUGUUGAAGGUUCUGAAUUACAGUACCGUGGUCAAAGUGAAUGUCUUUAUGCCUGAAGUAGAAGUGUGAAGUGUGUCGCUUCAACUUCAACUUUUGCAGAUUGCUGUGUUCUCGAGCUCUAAAACCAUGAAUUAGCAUGGACUUUCUGGAAAAUACAGAACAAUAUUUUGCUGUGAGUGUAUUGUUUAACAGCCUUUUUGUAUUCCGAAAAAGAGGCCUGUUGACUAUCACAACACAUUCCUGUUUCAAUGACGCAAGCUGGUGCGUUGUUGAUCGAGCUCCGUCAGCAGCACCACAACUGCCCAUUAGCCUGUGGAGCCAAGGUCGAACCAAGCAAGCUUGGAUAAUCGAAGGAUUGAUGCAAUGCAUCCGCGCAGCUUGUGGUUUCUUCAGUGCAAUGGUCGUGCAACAGUUGAAGACGCAGUACUCUGAACGACGUGGACAACCUUACAUUCUCCAACCGCUUUGACUGAAGAGAAGACAAUUCACCACAAGCCCAACGAGCAAGGAUGCCUCGCCGCAAGAGGUCGAGUAGCAAGCAGCCAGGGAAAGCUGGGCGCAAAGAUGAUGGACAGGGGCAGCCGGCUGCUGCGGCCGAAAGUGGUACAGCCCAGCUAGAUGAGAACGAUCAGAACGAUGCGAGAGUUGAUGAAUCCAUGCGCAAUGCCGCAAGAGGGGGAGCAGCGGACGAGGAAGAUGCCAAGAAGCCAGCUGCAAAGAGAGCUUCAGAAGACACAAAAGGUAACGAAGAGUCCUCAGAUGAUAAAGCAAGAGCGCCGAAGAAGAAACCGCCUCCAUGUGCCUCUCUUCCAUCCUCCUCACGUGCUUCCAAACCGACCAAGGACCCAGAACCAAAGCUUUCACUGUACGAACAGGAUAAGAGGGAUCGCAAAAGGAGGGUCAACCGCAUCACAGCGCAGCGGAAACGAAUGCGCGAACGAACAGAGCUUUCAGAUCUAAAGGGGAGUCAGAGUCGACUUACCAACUUGAACCAAGGACUGGCUAUUGAGAACAAGACUCUCAAGGACACGAUCGAAAUGCUGAAGAAACGAGAAGAGUAUGUGAGGCAGAAUCCUCAAGGAAGGCACCAGCAGACUCCUCAACAGAUUCAACAGGUCCAACAAACGAUGGCUGCCCUCGUUGCUGCGCCUCCCGGCGCGGCUCUUCCGGUGGCAAGCUAUGCACCACCAGCUCCCAGCGUCCAGACGCCUACUUUACUGCCAGGGACACAGCUGCCCGGCCCUUUUCCUUCCUAUGGGCUGGCAGCGACUCCAAGCAUGCCGGUGCCUCCCUUCAAUCCUCUAUUGUCACCUUCUUUUGCAAACAACCAGCAACAAGGACCACAAGCAGCCAGUGGCAAUUCAGCUACAGCGGCAUCAGGUACGGUGGGCAACAGCAAUGCUACCCCAGGUAGUGCGUUUCCGGCUUUUUUAUCUUCUGUUGUCCAAGCGGGCAACACGGCUACAGUAUCCCAACCCCAACUACCCGUAAUUCAAGUUCAAACCAACCGUCAACAGAUGCAGACACCUUUGGUACGUCAUCUGAAUCAGCCGAGACCAAAUCCUGUUCCCAAUUCAUCAACGGGGCAAAAUUCCAUGGGCUCAGCUCACGCAACAUCAUUGCUGCAGCAAGCCCCUUAUCAAACGCAGCAGGUAUCGCAGCUUUCACGAGCAGUGGAGCAAAUCCCGGCCAGUCAAGUUCAGCCACCGCACUCGCAAACGUCAAUUCAAGCUCAAGGGACAGUGCAACAGCAAACCCAACCAGUGCCAAACCAAGCGCUCAAUCAGGUAGUGGCACAACUGCAGCUCGCUCAGAUGCUGCAACCGAAUGGAGCAAACCAAGAUUCAAACAAACCACCUCAAGUCCUACCACCGGCCAUCCUGGCUCUCCUCCAGCAACAAGCCAACCCUCAGAGUCGGCAACAGCAAUCGCAACCUCCAAACCAGAUACCGGUACACAUGUCACCACAAAUGCUUUCCGUGCUCGGGGGACUAUUGAGUCCGGCUGGAUUGUCUGUGACUAGCCCGGGAGGUCCUGGGACGACCCCCGCAGGUGCAGGGAAUCCCCAAAACUCAGUUCAGGGUCAUCAUCAGCAGCAAAACACCACGAAUAUUCAGGCUCAAGCUCUGCCACUUUGUCUUGCCCAUCAGCAAGCGCAGCAAUUGCAGCAGUCACAGGGACAGGGACAUCUGCACCAAUCGAAUACUUGGGGCGAAGCAACUGCUCAACCGCAACAUCCGUCAUCGGGUAGCACCGCCGUAGGUUUGGCUGCAAACCAUGCAGCUCCAAGUGGAUCAGUGGACCCACAAUCACUCGUUGCCUUGGCAGCUUUCAUGCAGACGCUAACUCCUUCCAGCGCAUUUCCCCAGCCUCCAUCAACUCCAAAUCCACUUGCUGAACUCAUUGCAGGGGCAAUCCUUGCUGCUUUUCGCGAUCAAUUGCAGGCCAUGUCUCGUCGUCCAACCCAAGACGCGCAACCGUCGUCGACAUCGCCAGUACCGCUGGAAGCUCCUGCAGGGAGAGAACUGGGCGCACCUCCACCAGCACAACCGCGGGUUGACCCCACGAUGACGUUCUUUGCGACGCUCCUCGCUGCCUCUGCUCAAGGCAUUGCUACGGCAUUUUCAAACCCAGGAGUUGCACAAGCCGGGAUACCUACCGGAACAGCCUCUGAACCGGCUGCUGGAGAGUCUAGCUCUGUGCGGAGGCAGACCUCAUCAGAAUCUCCGGAUGGAAAGCCCUCGAAUAAAUAGGAAAGAAACUGUACAAACAAUACUGCAUUCUUUAGAAAUAUAUAUGAUGUGUACAAGCUAGAUAUGAUUGGUAAUGAUAGCAAUCCCGGUCUCAAUACCCAUACCGGUACCGGUAGUGGCAAAAGCAAACUUACCUACUUUAUCGCAAUUCAAUCGAUCCAAGUAUGAAAGCAAACAGAAUAUUUACGUUGGUUGACAAACUCUCUCCUUUUUUAGCAGGUACCUGGUACCGGUAUACAAUAGUU